AUGGCGGCACACGCCAAGAACGUGCACCGUGACCCAUCAGAAGGCAUCGAAGCCGAGAACGCUCUCAUAGCACGGCAGUUGUUCACGAAUUCCAUGCACGCCAAUGGCUUGACACAGGAGGAAGUCUAUCGCCUCUGCGACCAGCUCGUCCUCACCUUCAACAUCUGCACGUCCGAGAAUGUUCAGAAAUGCAAGAGCUUGAUCAUCAAGUACAUCGUCUGCCACUCGAACAUGCAGCUGGCCAUCAAGACUUUCUUGAAGUAUUUGACCGACAUGGCCACAGCAUACUACCCCAUGCCGGAGGGCUUCACGCUUCUGGAACCAAUGGACGACAAAUUCGAGCAAUACAGAGCACUCGGAGUCACAGCAACCGGCCAUCCUGUGCAACGUCCGUACACAUCCAUGCAGCGACUACACAUCCUCUACGUCGUGCACGAUGUCAUGGCCACUCUUCGGGGCUGGAUCAGAGACAGCACUGAUGCUCCCGCGAAGCUGCAAGUGAAGCAUUUCGAUGGCGCCGUGAAAGCUUUCAAGGAUCACGUGCCCACGCUAGUAGCUUUCGUCGCUGCCCGCAAUCUGUUUCCCGCCGACAACGCACUGCAAAGGCUCAACAAGCUCAUUAACCAGUGGGAAACGAUGUCGUGGUUCAAUGAGGACGAGCUCGUGGAAGUGCGCAAAGUCGUGGAUACUGCCAGGGAUACCGACCACAAAGAUCUCGUCAAGCAGUACCGCGAAGACAAUCAGCGCAAGCUCGCCGAAGGGCAGACACCAUCAAAUACCAGCGAUAUUGCCGCAACUGCCACAUCCCGCCAGGAGAAGUCAGAUGUCGACCCACAUCCCAUCAUCCUGCCCAAGCGCCACGGAGUCAAGGACAAUCCAGAAGCGCCAUGGCACAGGCUUCCUGCCGCCAACGGUCUGUACAUGAAGAACACGCGCGGCUACCCACUCAAGGCUGCAGCGUUCCCAAAGGGCGGCUACGAGGUAGAGGGCGGUGGCAAAGAAGCUAGCCCAGACCUGGAGAAGGACAUCAAGCACCUGCACCGUGAGAUGCUCCACUGCUUCGACGAGUUUACCGCGCCCGACUCCGUCCUAGACAUCGAUCCAAUGGGCAACAAGAUCUGGAAGGACCCCGACCGCGACCAGCGCAACUACUGGGGCUUCACGGAGGAGGGCGUCAAGAAGGCCAAGGCAAAUCGGAAGAAGUUCCGCGAAACCGCGACCGGCUACGCAGACGUCGCGCCACUUCAAUCAGGUCCCCUCGGCGCAAUGAACGACAUCAAUGCCGCCGUAGCGCGAGCCCAGGAGCUGGCGGCAAGCCGCGCCGGCGGAGGCCGUGGUCGUGGCGGCCGUGGUGGAUGGCGCGGAGGCCGCGGAGGAGACCGCGGUGGUCGUGGAGGCUGGCGUGGUGGUCGCGGAGGACGCGGCACCUUCUACUAG